AUGGCACCUAAAAGGAGGAAACUUUUGGGACGGCGCACGGCAGCUGCCUCCGCUGCCAGAGCAGCGAGGGCGAGUGAAACCCCUGAACAGACUUCUUUGCGUCUUUCACAGAUGGCCUCGAGCUCAGCUGCUCGCUUAUCUACGGAAAGCGCCGCUGCGCGUACUGAAAUGUUGACUUCAGCGGCUUCAACCAUGUCCGCACGCCGCGCCAGGCUUUCGGUUGAAGAACGUUCACUUCAGAAUUCACAGGACGCAGUCCGCGUGGCUAGGUUGAGAGCUUCACAGUCCCCAGCACAGAAAACCCUUCGUCGUUUGCGGGAUGCCACCGCCAAAGCUUGCUCCAGGGGUUUAGAAAGACCCGAACAAACAACUUCACGUCGUCUUAGGAAUAUUAGGGCUACAGCCGCCUCUAGAGUUUCGGAACAACUUCAAGAAACCGCUCAUCGUCGCUUUAGAAAUGCCCUAUCCACCGCGUCUGCCAGAGCCUUAGAAAGCUCUGCACAGACCACUGUUCGUCGCGUUAGAAAUGCCCGCUCCACCGCGUCUGCCAUAGUCAUAGAAAGCCCUGCACAGACCAUUAUUCGUCGCGUUAGAAAUGCCCGCUCCACUGCAUCUGCUAAAGCCCUAGAAAGCCCUGCACAGACCACUGUUCGUUGCGUUAGAAAUACCCGCUCCACCGCAUCUGCUAGAGCCCUAGAAAGCCCUGCACAAACCACUGUUCGUCGCGUUAGAAAUGCCCGCUCUACUGCGUCUGCCAGAGCCCUAGAUAGCCCUGCACAAACCACUGUUCGUCGCGUUAGAAAUGCCCUCUCUACUGCGUCUGCCACGGCUGCAGAAAACUCUGAAGUAUGCCGUCAACGGCUCGAAAACUUUAGCCAACUUCGAGCUUCUUUGAAUGGCGUAACUUUGCCGUCUGCGUCAAUUUAG